AUGCCCCUAGUAGCACCUGCUACUGGACGGGCAGCCUCCGGCCAAGAUGAUGGAAUCCGAUCGGAGGACUGGCCAAAGGAGGUCAACAAUACCUAUACCCAUGACAGUGCCGAUCGUAUGCAGUUCAGCGGCGACGGGCUGAAUACCGGCGUUCGAGUAUUAGGCGACGGACGCUUGGAUAUUCGGAUCAAUGAGCACAAGCCUAGUAUUGCAGGGCUACUUAACCUCCAACGUACUCCUAUACCAUCCGAGGUCGAACAUAACGGAGAAACGGUCGACGCCGGGGUAUCUCAGGAGGAUGGCAAAUACUUCCCGCUAAACCUCAACAUCGUCAUCCAAGUGAUUGGAUCUCGCGGUGACAUUCAGCCAUUUGUCGCUCUGGGAAAGGAACUAAAAGCGCAUGGACAUCGAGUCCGACUUGCCACUCAUCUGGCCUUUCGAGACUUUGUCCUCGAUGCCGACUUGGAGUUCUUCAAUAUCGGUGGCGAUCCAGCAGAGUUAAUGGCAUUCAUGGUAAAGAAUUCGGGGCUACUUCCCAAUAUGAGCACGAUCCGGAGCGGUGCAAUUCUAAAGCGCCGCCGGGAGAUGAAGGAGAUCAUCAAUGGAUGUUGGAGAUCCUGCUUCGAGAUGGGCGACGGUACACAUUUGCACCAAAUCAAGGAAGACCCUUGGAGUGAUGCGGUGGAUUAUCGCCGGCGUCCAUUCGUAGCAGAUGUUAUUAUCGCGAAUCCACCUAGCAUGGCCCAUAUUCACUGCGCACAAAGAUUGGGCAUACCCCUUCACAUUAUUUUCACCAUGCCAUGGUCACCUACGCAAUCAUUCCCGCAUCCUCUUGCCGUGAUUCAUCAACAAGAUUGUAAGCCAACGGUCGCGAACUUCGUGUCCUAUGCGAUUGUGGAUAUGAUGAUCUGGGAAGGCCUUGGCGACAUUGUGAACAAGUUUCGCCGUAACGUCCUGUCUCUGGAUGCGGUAGACACAAUCACCGCUCCAAGUUUGAUCCACAGAUUACAAAUACCCUGCUCAUAUCUCUGGUCUCCAGCUAUUCUUCCCAAACCAAACGACUGGGGUGACCAGAUCGACAUCUGUGGCUUCAGCUUUCUCCCCUCCAAACCUGACUAUACUCCACCUGACGAGAUAACGCGAUUCUUAAACGCUGGUCCAACGCCCAUAUAUAUUGGUUUUGGCUCAAUUGUGGUUGACGAUCAAAUCAAGUUGACAAAGGUUGUCUUUGAGGCAAUUCAGAAGUCUGGCCAACGUGCGAUUGUUUCAAAGGGAUGGGGUAACCUUGGCGUUGAGGAGGUAGAUGUCCCUGAGAACAUCCUUGUCGUUGGAAGCUGCCCCCAUGACUGGUUAUUCCGACAAGUAUCAUGUGUGAUUCACCAUGGCGGAGCUGGUACAACAGCCGCAGGAUUAGCACUUGGGCGUCCUACAAUCAUCGUGCCAUUCUUUGGCGAUCAGCAAUUCUGGGGAGACAUCGUUGCAAGAGCCGGCGCAGGCCCAUCACCUAUUCCUUAUAAACGGUUGACCGUGGAAGGCCUAAGCAAUGCAAUUGAAUUCGCUUUGAGAGACACAACGUUCGAGAGAGCACAGGAAAUUGCAAAGAAAAUGGAAAAUGAGUCAGGAGUGCGAGAUGGUGUACGCAGCUUUCAUCGCCAGCUUGAUCUUCGGACACUACGAUGUGCAAUAUGCCCGACUCGUCCUGCAGUGUGGCACCUGAGACAAACAAAUCUUGGAUUUAGUGCCUUUGCAGCAGCGGUACUGGUGGAAACAGGGAAGUUAAAACCGGAAGAUUUGAUUUUAAAUCGGCCAAAAGAAUAUGAUACCUAUCGCGAUCCAGUAGGGCCUUUGAGCGCCAGCGCCCAGGUUCUUUUUGGAGCCAUUGCAAAUUUUGUGACGGGCAUUGCAGACGUCCCUACUGAUGUGGUCAACGAUCUCGUUGCUUCGGGUCGUGCUUUGCGUCAAUCUCAUGAACGCCCACGCCCCGACCUACAUUCCAAAUGGCGAAAUCGAAAAUGUCGCGAUGGAGGCCCAGAUUUACAAAGCAAUAAGUCUCCAGAUAACGGGGAGGGCUCUCAACAGAUUGAAAGGGACCAAGGUUCUCCACCAAUCAACAGAAGUGACUCAAUCGACCAAAGUGACUCUGAUGAACCUCUGCCGGAUGAGAAUGAAGAAGGCGACGAAGAUGAAGAAUGGUUCAGUAGCACCAGCGAGUCAAAUUCAACGGACCUACUUCCAGAUUCAAGUAUGGAAAGGAGACGAAAUCUUCAACUCGAGAAAUCACGAAGCAUGGGCUCCGAGAUUGCCACCUCCAAGUCUCACAAUGCCCUCUCCGAGGCCGCAAAUCUGAGCAGCAAAAUGUCCAAGAAAUUUGUCAAUCUUCUGAUUUGGUUGCCAACGGACAUUACACUCAGUCUUUCCAAGGGAUUCCACAAUGCACCCAAAUUAUAUCAUGACCCGAUGGUGAAAUCAACACCCAAGGUCCAUGAUGUUCGCAGCGGAUUCAGGGCGGCUGGAAAGGAAUUCUAUGAUGGCUUUUACGAUGGGGUGACGGGGCUGGUGACCCAGCCUCGAUACGGAUACGAGAAAAAAGGCACAAAGGGAAUGAUCAAGGGAGUUGGAAAAGGGCUCGGUGGAGUUUUCCUCAAACCACCUGCCGGUCUCUGGGGAUUAGCGGGCUACCCCCUCAGCGGUUUACGGCGGAGGCUGUUUGAUUCUCUGGGUAAAUCCAGCGAAGGGCAAAUCGUUCUAUCGCGGAUCGCUCAAGGGCAUGAAGAAAUGUGCGCAUCUUCGGCUGACGAGAGGGCGGAAGUGGUAAGGAAAUGGGUCUUGAUUGAAGAGUCGCUGAAGAAGGCCAAGAGAACGAGCAGGCAUUGUCAUUCGCGGCCUCGGCAUAACACGCCGCAUAUACCUCAAUUAGUUACGCCUACCUGA